AUGCACUUGUUCAAGGUACUAGCUGUUUUUUCUUUUACCAGUCUAAGCACGGCAAAAUGUGCACCGGGAUGUGGCGACAGUGAUGCGUGUAUUGGGACUGAAUACUGCACCACUGCGACCUUCACAACGCCCAGCUCGACUGUUCUGACGACAUGCGUGCCCACAGCAACCUGUCUUGGGGUGUACGCCCAAUGUGAUUUUGGGAGUGGCAUGGGCUGUUGCUCGGGAUAUUGUGCGGCGACCAGAUGUCGACCCACCGAUGAAAAGUGGCCUAGCUGUAAUGAGGAUGAUGGGCCAUGUCUGGCUGAUGAGAAUUGUUGUUAUGGAAAUAAGUGCGUUGAGGGUCUUUGUAAGAGAGGGGUGCAGUAG